UUUAAACCAAGUUUAAAGCGAAACAUUAAUUAAGAUCAUUUAUACGCAAACGAGUAAAUUAGAAGUGAUAAUGUCUAUUUUGGAAGUAUUAAUUAUUUUGGCAGGUUAUACAACGGUGCUAUUUUUAGACCAUGAAGUAGAUAUUAAUAAAGAAACCUGCAAUAGUAUUGGUGGACCAGGUACUUUUUCUAAAUUGACUCAAUUGCAACAUAAUCUACCCCAUUGUGUAGAUGAACAUUCUAAAGGAAUUCCUAUAAAUAAAAUAAAUGUAGCCAAAAUUCCAAUUUACCAUACUUCUUGUUUGGGACGCAAGGCCAUUAGUGGUUGUUACCAGCCACUCAUUUCUGCUUCAAAACAAUGUUUAAAUAUUACAGAAUCAUAUUUGGUAGAUAUUUGGCAGAAUAUGGAUAAAGAUUUAAUAGCUUACACGUGUGAAAACGAAGAUAAAGUACACAAAUAUGCCAAGGAAUAUACUGCGGAAUGUAUGAACGAGGGGAUAUUGAAAAUUCAGGAGAAAUGCUUGGGUUUGAAUAGCAAUCCGAUGUCUCCAAUCCGUGAUAUCUCACAAGUUAGUUGCAAAAAACUCGAAGACGCUGAGGAUUGUAUUGUGGAUACUCUCAGCAACCAUUGCUCUCAGGACAUCACAGAUGUUGUUGUAUCCGUAAUAAAAAUUUUAAAAACCAAUGCAUGCAGUUACGCACCUAAGCAUAGAAGCCGAAGAAGUUUGCAUAGAGUUGUAAGACAAUUGGCAAUGUCUGAUAAGAUGGACAGAAUUGAGGAGCAUUUAAAAACUAAAUGUAUCAAAAAUGGACUGGAGUCCAAGAAAUUGGAAGACAACGUAUUAAAGAUGAAAAAUUGUAUAAAGGAAAAACCCAUUUUCUUUGUUCCAAAACAUAUCUACAUCAAGCAUAUUGACGGAUGUACCAAAGAAGUUAUUAAAAUGUUAAAGGCUUGUUUACCAGAAAAAUAUAAAUAUCUUCCUCAACUGAUUUUUAAUGUUUUUGAUUCGAUGAUCAGUUUUAUGUACGAUGAUUUUACUCUUAUAAGUUCGGAACUUACCCCUUGUCUACCAAAACUUAAAAGUGAAGAAAGCACUACGGAAUACAAUGAGUGUAAUAGAAAAGUAACAGAUAUCGUUGAGGAUGAACUUGUUGACACAAAAGAAAAAUUUUGCGAGAGAUAUAUACAUCUAAAUGAAUGUUUUAUUGCUCAAGUUAAGAAACAAUGCUCACCAUCAAAGGAACUAACUAAAUUUGAACAGGAUUACAUGAAUGCUGUAAAAAGACCAUGUGAAUAAAUCAACACAAUUUAAAAUGAAAUACAUUAGAUAUGUUACAAUUUUUUAGUAAAGUUAUACCACUAA